AUGUUCAGGGGUCAGCAGCUGCUGCUGUUGCUGUUCUUCAGGGGAUCCCUAAUCAAUGCUGGUGCCUGGACUGGAGAUGCCACCGAUUCUAACAGUGAGGAUAGCCUGCAAUCCUCAUCAGAAAAGGGCUGGUGCUCCACGUGGGGAGCUGAUCACUUUUCUACCUUUGACCACCAUGAGUAUGAGUUCAGAGGGAUGUGCAACUACAUCUUUACGGCCACGUGUGGGGAUGCCUUGCCCACCUUCAGCAUCCAGUUGCGGAGAGAUAGGGAUGGAAACAUCUCCCGAAUCAUCAUGGAACUGGGGGCCUCUGUGGUCACCGUGAACAAAGCAAUCAUCUCUGUCAGGGACAUUGGGGUUGUUAGCCUGCCCUAUACCAGCAAUGGUCUCCAGAUCACACCAUAUGGCCAGAGCGUGCAAUUGGUGGCCAAGCAGCUGGAGCUGGAGUUAGUUGUCAUGUGGGGACCAGAUGCCCAUCUUAUGAAAGGGCAUGGUGGGCAGGUGGGAACACCUGAAAUCUGGGUGGGGACCCUAUGCAUUCACACAGGGACCAACAGUAUCACCCCGCAGGUCCUGGUAGAGAAGAAGUACAUGGGCAAGCUGUGUGGACUGUGUGGGAACUUCGACGGGAAGAGAGAUAAUGAGUUUCUAAGCGAGGAUGACAAACUUCUGGAACCUUACAAGUAUGCUGUACUCCAGAAGCUAGAUGACCCCAAUGAGAUCUGUGUCCAUGAGCCUAUUCCCAGGCCUACCACCCUGAAGACCUCUAGAUACGCCCAGAUCUGCAACCAGCUACUGACCCUGGUGUCCCCUGGGUGUGAUGUGCCUAAGGAGUCACUGGUGCUGAGCUGCCAGGCAGACAUGGCUAAGUGUGCCCAGCCAGGUCAGCAGAAUUGCAGCUGCGCCACGCUGUCUGAGUACUCCCAUCGCUGCAGCAUGGCCGGCCAGCCUGUCCGCAACUGGAGGACCCCUGGACUCUGCUCCGUGGGCCAGUGCCCAGCCAACCAGGUGUACCAGGAGUGCGGUGAGGUCUGCGUCAAGACUUGCUCCAACCCACAGCACAGCUGCUCCAGCUUCUGCAACUUCGGCUGCUUCUGCCCCCAUGGUACACUGCUUGACGACAUAUCCAGAAACCACACCUGUGUGCCAGUCAGCCAGUGCCCCUGUAUGCUCAAUGGUGUGAUUUACAGCCCUGGGGAGAUCACGAGAACAGCCUGCCAAACCUGCCAGUGUACCAUGGGCCGCUGGACGUGCACAGAGCAGCCAUGUCCUGGGCACUGCUCCCUAGAAGGUGGUUCCUUUGUCACCACAUUCGAUGCCAGACCCUACCGCUUCCAUGGCACCUGCACCUACACGCUUCUCCAGAGCCCGCUGCUACCCAACAAUGGCACCCUCCUGGCUGUGUAUGACAAGUCAGGUUACUCCCAUUCAGAGACCUCCCUAGUGUCUGUCAUCUACCUGUCCAAGAAGGACAAGAUUGUGAUCUCAACGGAUGAAGUGAUCACCAACAAUGGAGACACCAAGGUGCUGCCAUACAAGACACACAACAUCACCAUCUUCAGGCAGACAUCUACCCACCUCCAGAUGGCUACCACCUUUGGCCUGGAAGUCGUGGUCCAGCUACAUCCCGUCUUCCAGGCCUACAUCACAGUCGGGCCCCAGUUCAAAGGUCAGACCAGAGGGCUCUGCGGCAAUUUCAACGGAGACACGACGGAUGAUUUCACGACCAGCAUGGGCCUUGAUGAAGGCACUGCCUCACUCUUUGUGGACUCAUGGCGUGCAGGAAACUGUCUAGCUGCCCUGGAGCGGGAGACUGACCCCUGCUCCAUGAGUCAGCUCAACAAGGUGUGUGCAGAGACCCACUGCUCCAUGCUGCUGAGGAAGGGCAGUGUCUUUGAGAAAUGCCACACGGUGGUGAACCCCCAGCCCUUCUACAAGAGGUGUGUGUACCAGGCCUGCAACUACGAGGAGACCUUCCCCCACAUCUGUUCUGCACUGGGGGCCUAUGCGCACGCCUGCGCCUCCCGAGGUGUCCUGCUCUCGGGCUGGAGGAGCAGCGUGGACAACUGCACUGUGCCCUGCACUGGCAACCGCACGUUCAGUUAUAAUAGCAAGGCCUGUGACCGCACCUGCCUGUCUCUGUCGGACCGUGAGACAGAGUGCCAUGCGAGUGCUGUGCCGGUGGAUGGCUGCAACUGUCCUGAGGGCACCUACUUGAACCACAAGGCAGAAUGCGUGCACAAGGCCCAGUGCCCCUGCCUGCUGGACAGCUCCAAGUUCGUCCAGGCUGAUCAAUCAACCAUGAUCAAUGGGGUCAUAUGUUACUGCAUCAAUGGCCGCCUGAGCUGCCCACGGCAGGCAGAGAUGUUCUUGGCAACCUGCGCAGAGCCCAAGACCUUCCAGUCCUGCAGCCAGUCAUCAGAGGACAAGUUCGGGGCUGCAUGUGCCCCCACAUGCCAGAUGCUGGCCACAGGCAUUGACUGUGUACCCACCAAAUGCGAAUCUGGCUGUAUUUGUCCUAAGGGGCUCUAUGAGAACAGCAAUGGGCAGUGUGUGCCUGCAGAGGAAUGCCCAUGUGACUUUGCAGGGGUGUCCUAUCCUGGCGGUUCUGAGCUCCAUACUGACUGUAAGACCUGCACUUGCUCACAGGGAAGGUGGACCUGCCAGCUCAGCGCGCAAUGCCCAUCCACCUGUGUCCUCUAUGGCGAAGGCCACGUCAUAACUUUUGACGGACAGCGCUUUGUGUUUGACGGCAACUGCGAGUACACUCUGGCCACGGAUGACUGUGGUGCCAACAGCUCACAGCCUACCUUCAAGGUCGUGACAGAGAACGUCAUCUGUGGGAAGUCAGGGGUCACCUGCUCCCGAGCCAUCAAGAUCUCCCUGGGUGGGCUAUCCAUCACAAUGGCAGACAGAAACUACACAGUCAGCGGGGAAGAACCCUUGGUGCACCUUCAGGUGAAGCCCAGCCCCCUGAAUUUGGUCCUGGACGUAGACAUCCCUGGAAGGCUCAACCUGACACUCGUGUGGAACAAGCACAUGAGCGUCUCUAUCAAGAUCCGCCGCGCCACCCGGGAUGCCCUUUGUGGCUUGUGUGGCAACUCCAAUGGGAACAUGAAGGAUGACUUUGAGACACGCAGCAAGUACGUGGCAUCCAGUGAGCUGGAAUUUGUGAACUCAUGGAAGGAGAAUCCACUAUGUGGGGAUGCGAGUUAUGUGGUGGAUCCCUGUAGCCUAAACACCUUCCGGCGCUCCUGGGCUGAGCGCAAAUGCAACAUUAUCAACAGCCAGACCUUUGCUGCCUGCCACAGCAAGGUAUACCACCUGCCCUACUAUGAGGCCUGCGUGCGAGAUACCUGCGGGUGUGACAUGGGCGGAGACUGUGAAUGUCUGUGCGAUGCGGUGGCUGCCUAUGCCAAGGCCUGUCUGGACAAGGGCGUCUGUGUGGACUGGAGGGCCCCAGACUUCUGCCCCGUCUACUGUGACUUCUACAACAUUCACACACUGGUGGGUGAGAAUGAAUACCAGUAUUCUCAGGAGGCCAACUGCACGUGGCACUACCAGCCCUGUCUCUGCCCUGGCAGCUUGGGGACCUUCCCGGACACAAACAUUGAAGGCUGCUACAACUGCUCCCAGAAUGAGUACUUCGACCACACAGAAGGGACCUGUGUACCCUGUGCACCACCCGCUACCACACUACCGCCAGCCACCACAGGUUCACAGCCUACCACAGCAACCCCCACCAGCACCGAGUUCCACAGUUCCAGCUCUGCAGCUACACCUAUGGGCCCCUCCAACUUCCCAGGGCUUCCAACCCCACCACCUUCAGCCCCAUCCUCCACUGAGGAAGUAACAGGAUGGACCACCCCCAAGAAAUCUUCAGUCUCCUCAGGAGAAUACUCUCCGACUACUGUGGGUACCACACCACUGACAUCAGGUUUGCCUCCUACAUCCAUACCGAAGUCAACACCUACAAGGCUCCCAGUGACACAGGCUACAACUAAGCCCACAGCAUCUUCCUCCAGCUCGUCCACAGAGACCACAGCUCAGUUCACAGAGAGUACCACAAUGACACCACUAAUCUCAGCAAAACCUGGGAUGUCCACCAGCCAAGGUGAGUCAAAGCCCAUGGGAAGCCAGGGCACCUGAGUCAAAUGUUCACCUCUGACCCUCAGUAUUGCACAUCCAACUCAGAGAGAGGGUCUGUACUGCUCAAGGGGUGAGGGAGAAGGGGAGUCAGUGAGGCAGAGGAGCGGCAGAAGGAAAUGGACACAGCAUGACUCCCAGUCACACCUCAGGCCACCGGACAGUCAAGUACAGGAGAAAAGGGCUACAUCAGGAAACAUGUACAGAAGGGAAGGUCAAACAGAACAUUCCAAAGAAAGCCAAGUACCUCACUGAGUUAGGAAACUGGCUUAGAAAACAAAGUUAGAGAACAGAAAAUCCAGUGCAGGAACACAGCACAGCAUAUAUGAAGGACUGUGAACAUAAACUGAACAUUCUUCACUGCCAUGAUCCACAGUGACAUCAGCUCAACAGGAAACUCACCGUCCAGCCACAACAAGCCGAGCAACUGAGACCACAGAACUACCU